AUGGCUUUAGAAGCCACAAUGCUGCAAGAAAAUAUGGCUAUCGAAGCCAACAACUGUGAAAAUGGCAAAUUAUUGCCAAUGACUCAAAAAAUGGACUGCAUCUAUGAUGAAGAACCAUUAGGAUUUGAGAAAGAUCCUUCCAGUUCCAGUCAAAAGAUGCAGGCCCAAGAUCCUUUGGAGGAAAUAGAUAUUGGAGAUGGCUCUAUCAAAAGGCCAACAUACAUAAGUGCCAAUAUCCCAAAGGACUUGCGUGAUAAACUGGUCGAACUCCUUAAAGAGUUCAAGGAUUGUUUUGCUUGGGAUUACAAUGAAAUGCCAGGUUUAGACAGAAAUUUGGUCGAGCAUAGAUUACCCAUUCGACCAGACAAGAAACCAGUUAAACAAUCACCAAGAAGAUUCGCACCAGAAAUCCUAUCUAAGAUCAAGGAGGAAAUCGAAAGGCUGCUGAGAAGCAAGUUCAUCCGGACUGCCAGGUAUGUCGAAUGGUUAGCAAAUAUAGUUCCUGUCAUUAAGAAAAAUGGUUCUCUUAGAAUAUGUAUAGAUUUUAGGGACUUAAAUAAUGCUACCCCCAAAGAUGAAUAUUCGAUGCCUGUAGCAGAAAUGUUAAUAGAUUCAGCAGCAGGCUUCGAAUAUCUUAGCAUGUUAGAUGGGUAUUCUGGAUAUAACCAAAUUUUUAUCGCCGAGGAAGAUGUGGCAAAAACAGCUUUUCGAUGCCCAGGGGCUUUGGCAAUUAAAGGCCAAAUAGUGGCUGACUUCAUUGUUGAUCAUUCAGCAAUUGAAUCACCUCAAAAUUACAUUGCUCUAGAACCAUGGACUCUGUAUUUCGAUGGGUCUAGACAUCAACAUGGUACUGGGAUAGGUAUUUUGAUAAUUUCCCCACAAAAGAUUCCUACUAAGUUCAAAUACAGGAUUAAUGGUAUUUGUUCGAACAAUGAGGCUGAAUAUGAGGCUUUGAUAGCAGGAUUAGAAAUAUUAUUAAGCCUGGGGGCAAGAGACGUUAAAAUAAAAGGUGAUUCAGAACUAGUUUUGAAACAACUGACCAAAGAAUACAAAUGUAUCAAAGAGCAUUUGAUUCGUUAUUUUGUCAUAGCAAAUGCGUUACUAAAACGUUUCGAUUCGAUUGAUAUUGAACAUGUCCCUCGAAUAGAAAAUCAAGAAGCUAAUGACUUAGCCCAGAUUGCUUCAGGAUACAAGGUGUCCAAAGCAAAGCUAGAACAAUUAAUAGAAAUCAAAGAAAAAUUGAUUUCUAAUGAGCCAAUGCAAUUGGAAUUGUCAAUACCAAAACUUGAGGGGGCAGAGAUGUCACCAAAUGACAUAAAUAAUUCUGAUAAAGAAAUGAAUUAUGAUGAACUCCAAAUUUUGGUCAUUGACAAUUUAAUAGAUGGUGAUUGGAGAAAACCAAUUGUAGAAUAUUUGGAAAAUCCAAUCGGGAGUGCUCCUCGAAAGAUCAAAUACAGGGCAUCAAAUUAUGUGAUCAUUGGUAAUGAAUUGUUUAAAAAGACCCUCGAAGGAGUACUAUUGAAAUGCCUUAGUGAGAAUGAGGCCUACAUAGCAAUAUCUGAUGUUCAUAGUGGGGCUUGUGGUUCUCACCAAUCAGGCCAUAAGAUGAAAUGGCUUUUAGUUCGACAAGGCAUGUACUGGCCAUCUAUGUUGAAAGAUUGCAUAGAUUUUGCUAAAGGUUGUCAAGACUGUCAAAAACAUGCAGGAAUCCAACAUGUACCUGCAAGCGAAUUACAUUCGAUAAUAAAACCUUGGCCAUUUAGAGGUUGGGCAUUGGAUUUAAUUGGUGAAAUAAAACCAGCAUCAUCAAAAAAUCAAAAGUACAUAAUAGUUGGUGUUGAUUAUUUUACCAAAUGGAUCGAAGCUAUACCUUUGCCCAACGUUGAUCAAGAAGAAGUUAUAAGUUUUAUCCAAAACCACAUUAUUUACAGGUUUGGAAUCCCUGAAACCAUCACAACUGAUCAAGGUUCAGUGUUUACUGGUCGAAAGAUGCAAGAAUUCGCCAGGCAAACAGGGUUUAAACUUUUGACUUCGACACCUUAUUAUGCACAAGCAAAUGGUCAAGUAGAAGCUGCCAAUAAAAUUAUUAUUGGAUUAAUCAGAAAACAUAUUGCUCAAAAGCCAAGAAAUUGGAACAAGACUUUAAAUCAAGUCUUAUGGGCAUGUAGAAAUUCCCCUAAAGAAUCAACAAAUUCUACUCCAUUUCGAUUAACGUAUGGUCAUGAUGCUGUGUUACCAGUAGAAAUUUAUUUGCAAUCUAUCAGAAUUCAAAGACAAAUGGAGAUACCAACUGAUCAUUAUUGGAGUAUGAUGUUUGAUGAAUUGGUUGAUUUAGACGAAGAAAGGCUAAGAGCGCUUGAUACAUUAAGUAGACAAAAAGAAAGAGUAGCAAAGGCCUAUAAUAAGAAGGUUAAAUCAAAAACCUUUGACGUGGGGAAUUUAGUUUGGAAAGUUAUUUUGCCUAUGGACAAAAAAGAUAGAGUUUUAGGCAAAUGGUCUCCAAAUUGGGAAGGACCUUUUAAAAUAAUACAAGUAUUUUCGAAUGGUGCAUAUGAAAUAGAAGAAUUGACUUCAGAAAAGCGAACCUUGAAUAUAAAUGGUAAGUAUUUGAAAAAAUAUAAACCAACACUUUUAGAAGUUAAUAUUAGCACAGAAUAA